AUGGAGCCGGAAGAUAUGGGAAAAGGUAAAGUGAUUGCCGCCGCAGCCGCCGUUGAAUCCGAAACAGAUUUCGCAGAUCAUCACUUCAUCGACCAUGCUGAUUCCGAAGAGGAAUUUUCCGAUUCCUUUCUUUGUUGCCUUGCGGCCACAUUUCCUGUUUCUGAGGAAGAAAAGAAAAUGGGGUGCUUCUCACAACAAUUUGGUUAUAAAGCAUGCAACACUGAUCAACAACAUCAUCAUCCAAGGGAUCGAGCACAUGCACAAGACAGUUGCUCCUUCGGGAAUGGGGAAUGCUGUGCAAAUAUGCAGCAAAUAGAGUCUGCUAAGUCUGUUUCCAUGAUUCAAGCUACCACCAUGUCUAUUCCAAACCAAGUUUGUGAUGAAAAUUGCAGCAUGAUCAAACCUGAUAGUGUUGAAGACAAUUCCUCUGAUGAUAAGUCAAACGGAAAUUGCAAGCAGAGUUUUCAUCCAAGGGGUCUCCCAAAAGUGUGUUUGGAGUUCGAUCAUUUUCUGGAGGAACAGUUCCCUGCAGAAUAUGCCCUGAGAAGAGAGGCUGUUCAAGCCAAACAACCACAUGUUCUACUGAAGCUAGUGAAAGCGGUUUUCUAUCUUCCUCAGAGACCACAGGAGAGAAUUUACCAUGGUGGGCUGACCCUUGCUCAAAGGUUCAUGUUGGAGUUGGCUGUGAUUCUUGUGGGGUAA